AUGGCCACUAUGUUAUCCAUACCGACAAAAAACGAAGCAUUUACUGUUUAUUGCGAUUUUAAUUCCGAACCGCCAUUUGUAUGGACAUUAAUUGAAUCGUUUUCUCGUGAUAUGAGUACAUACAGAUCAACUUUGCCUGGGCAUGUUAAUUUUCAAAGACCUUUCUACUAUAAUAUGCCUUAUAGUCAAUGUCGUCCAGAUCAAUGGCAACAUUAUCGUUUGUCUAAGAGACCAUGCGUUCAGAUGGACUACAUAAAUAUUCGCGGUACUGCAUGUCGUAGAUGUCAAAUACCUAUGUGGUUUGCUACUACUAAUCAUCCCAGUGUUAUUUCUUCAUUGACACAAAACUAUUGCGGACAUGUCAAAUUCCCUAAUGCCGCCGGAUCCCCUUAUGAGUAUAACUUUGGUAUGUAUAAUGGUUAUAACAGAGAAUUUAGUUGUACAAGGUCAGGUGAAUCGUCAACAAAUUGGUCGUUCGGUGAUAUUUAUAUUCCCACUAAUCAUUUUGCUAACGUUAAAUGA